GCCGAACAGGUGACGGCUAGUGCCCCUCCCGAGUCCGAGGCGGCGGCUCCCACCAUCCGAUCGUGUCCGGUGUGUCCCGGGGUUCCCUCUCCUCCGGGAGCCGCCGCUUCCCGCCAUUCCGGCCGCAGCGGCCUCCACUGCCCAGUGUCCCGAGCUGCCGAGCGUGUGUCCCCCGGGCCGGAGGUGAAUAUGCGCGGAGGACCAGGGUGGGGGUCAGUCCCCGGGGGUCGGGAGUGUGGCAAAACCUUUCCUCACCUUGCUCAUUUAACUCUCCAUGCCAAAAUGCACUCAGGAGAGAGACCCUAUGAAUGUAAGGAAUGUGGGAAAGGAUUUUUAAAAUCCAGUAUCCUCAUCAGACAUGGAAGAAUUCACACAGGAGAAAGACCUUACGAAUGCAAGGAAUGUUUGAAGACCUUUUUUCACUUUGUUGAUUUUACUAGGCACACAAGAACCCAUGCAGGAGAGAAGCCUCAUGAAUGUAAAGAAUGUGGCAAACCAUUCCCACAGUUAGCUGAUCUCAAGGAACACAGAAAAAUUCACACAACAGAGAGGCCUUAUCAAUGUACAGAAUGUGGGAAAACAUUUUCUAAAUCAAGUCACCUCACUACCCAUCGAACAGUUCACACAGGAGAGAGACCUUAUGCAUGUCAACAAUGUGGCAAAACCUUUGCUCAAGCAGGUAGCCUGACUGCACAUAGAAGAAAUCACACAGGAGAGAGACCUUAUGAGUGUCAAGAAUGUGGGAAGACGUUUUCCCAGUCAUGUCGCCUCCUUGUACAUAGGAGAAUUCACACAGGAGAGAGACCUUACGAAUGUCAGGAAUGUGGGAAAGCGUUUUCACAAAAAAAUGGCCUUACAGUACAUAAGAGAGUCCACACAGGAGAGAGACCUUACGAAUGUCAGCAAUGUGGGAAAACAUUUUCACGUUCAAAUACCCUCACUGUCCAUAGAAGAGUUCACACGGGAGAGAGACCUUACGAAUGUCAGGACUGUGGAAAGACAUUUUCAUAUUCAAGUCACUUUACUAUACAUAGAAGAAUUCACACAGGAGAGAGACCUUACAAAUGUCAGAAGUGUGGGAAAACCUUUGCCCUUCCAGGCAGCCUCACGUUACACAGAAGAAUUCACACCGGAGAGAGACCUUACGAAUGUAGGGAAUGUGGGAAAACCUUUUCCCUAUCUGGUAGCCUCGUUGUACAUAAAAGACUCCACACAGGAGAGAGACCUUACAAAUGUCAGGACUGUGGGAAAACAUUUUCACAUUCAAGUCACCUCGCUCUCCAUACAAGAAUUCACACAGGAGAGAGACCUUACGAAUGUCAGCAAUGUGGGAAAACAUUUACACGGUCAAAUAGCUUCUAUUUACAUCAAAGAGUUCACACAGGAGAGACACAUUACCAAUCUCAAAUAGUGCCCCCCUCCUCUGGCCUCACCAUACGGAAAGCAGAGAAAAUUGUGCAAGUGAACAUCCUGUCCUAG